AUGAAGUUUGACGAUGUUCUCGAGACAAUAGGACCGUUUGGGAAAUAUCAGAAAAUACGAUAUUCUAAAGAAAUAUAUUCAUCAACAAUAGUUUCACAGUUCGAUCUGGUAUGUGAGAGAAAGUUCUGGAAGAGUACGUCCAAGUCGGUGUUUUUCUUGGGAAGAUUGUGUGGAGCUGUUUUAUUUGGUCAGCUGUCAGACAGAUUUGGUCGACGUCCUAUGUUUUUUGUUGGUGCUGCUAUAUUGUUAGUAGCUGGAAGUAUUGCUGCCGCUGCCCAAAACAUAUAUAUGUUUUUACCGAUGUAUUUUCUACAAGGAGUAGCACAAGCAGGAAUAUUUCUUGUAGCGUUUACACUGUCUACAGAACUUGUUGGACCAAAGUAUCGUCUGUUUGUCGGUAUUAUGAUUUUAAUGUUCUAUUCUGUUGGUUAUAUGACGUUAUCUGGCAUGGCGUAUGUAUUACGAGAUUGGAGAUAUCUAGAACUAGCAAUAACUCUACCUGUUCUACUUUUUGCCGCAUACUGGUGGUUUCUACCAGAAUCUGUUCGUUGGUUGUUAUCUCAAAAUAAGAAUGAAGACGCUCAGAAAUAUCUCCAGAAAGCAGCCGCUGCAAAUGGAACGGUACUCCCGACAUCGAUCACAGAAAAUGUUCAAGUUAGCACCGCCGUUAAAACUGACAGAAAAUAUUAUUUCAUAGAUUUAGUUAGAACAUGGUCGAUGGCUAAAAUCUCUCUUAAUCUUUGGUUUAAUUGGUUUGUAAAUGCUUUGGUCUACUACGGAUUGUCGUUGAACACAGAAACUCUAGCCGGUGAUCCGUAUCUGAACUUCUGUAUUGCUGGAGCAGUGGAAAUACCGGCGUUGUUAUUGUGUAUGAUAUCUUUAAACAAAGUAGGAAGAAGGAUACCAUUAUUUAUAUCAAUGUGUGUUGGUGGCAUUGCCUGCAUAUUAUCAGGAACUAUUCCUAUUAAUGAUAAUUCAGAUUUAGAAACACUGAAAGUCGUAUUGGCUAUGAUUGGAAAGUUCUUCAUAACCGCAUCUUAUGGAAUUAUACAUUUAAUGACUGCUGAGGUGUUGCCUACUGUUGUGCGGAAUAUCGGGAUGGGAGUGGCAUCAAUGUCGGCACGUAUUGGUGGUAUACUGGUUCCUACCAUGUUAGAUUUAAAGUCGAUCUGGACACCGUUACCACUAGUUAUUUUUGGUAGUCUAUCUAUAGCAGCUGGUAUUUUGGCGCUGCUGUUACCAGAAACCACGGACAAACCACUACCUCAACUAUUGGAAGAUGUAUCAAAUUCUAAAGAAAAAUAUUCAUCAACAAUAGUUUCACAGUUUGAUCUGGUAUGUAAGAAAAAGUUUUGGACGAGUACGUCCAAGUCGGUGUUUUUCUUAGGAAGAUUAUGUGGAGCUGUUUCAUUUGGUCAGCUGUCAGACAGAUUUGGUCGACGUCCUAUGUUUUUUGUUGGUGCUGCUAUAUUGUUAGUAGCUGGAAGUAUUGCUGCCGCUGCCCAAAACAUAUAUAUGUUUUUACCGAUGUAUUUUCUACAAGGAGUAGCACAAGCAGGAAUAUUUCUUGUAGCGUUUACACUGUCUACAGAACUUGUUGGACCAAAGUAUCGUCUGUUUGUCGGUAUUAUGAUUUUAAUGUUCUAUUCUGUUGGUUAUAUGACGUUAUCUGGCAUGGCGUAUGUAUUACGAGAUUGGAGAUAUCUAGAACUAGCAAUAACUCUACCUGUUCUACUUUUUGCCGCAUACUGGUGGUUUCUACCAGAAUCUGUUCGUUGGUUGUUAUCUCAAAAUAAGAAUGAAGACGCUCAGAAAUAUCUCCAGAAAGCAGCCGCUGCAAAUGGAACGGUACUCCCGACAUCGAUCACAGAAAAUGUUCAAGUUAGCACCGCCGUUAAAACUGACAGAAAAUAUUAUUUCAUAGAUUUAGUUAGAACAUGGUCGAUGGCUAAAAUCUCUCUUAAUCUUUGGUUUAAUUGGUUUGUAAAUGCUUUGGUCUACUACGGAUUGUCGUUGAACACAGAAACUCUAGCCGGUGAUCCGUAUCUGAACUUCUGUAUUGCUGGAGCAGUGGAAAUACCGGCGUUGUUAUUGUGUAUGAUAUCUUUAAACAAAGUAGGAAGAAGGAUACCAUUAUUUAUAUCAAUGUGUGUUGGUGGCAUUGCCUGCAUAUUAUCAGGAACUAUUCCUAUUAAUGAUAAUUCAGAUUUAGAAACACUGAAAGUCGUAUUGGCUAUGAUUGGAAAGUUCUUCAUAACCGCAUCUUAUGGAAUUAUACAUUUAAUGACUGCUGAGGUGUUGCCUACUGUUGUGCGGAAUAUCGGGAUGGGAGUGGCAUCAAUGUCGGCACGUAUUGGUGGUAUACUGGUUCCUACCAUGUUAGAUUUAAAGUCGAUCUGGACACCGUUACCACUAGUUAUUUUUGGUAGUCUAUCUAUAGCAGCUGGUAUUUUGGCGCUGCUGUUACCAGAAACCACGGACAAACCACUACCUCAACUAUUGGAAGAUGUAUCAAGUAAAAGUAAAAAACUGGAAUUCGAAACUACGGAGGAAGAACGGGAGAAGUGUGAUGAUACACUGUUGUAAUUGUUGAAUGGAAUAGGGAGCGUGGACUGGCCCUACAGUGAUACCAUGCUGUUUAACUGUUGAAUGGAGUUGGGAGCGUAAACUGGUUCUAUAGUGAUACCAUCCUGUUGUUACUGUUGAAUGGAGUUGGGAGCGUAAACUGGUUCUACAGUGAUACCAUGCUGUUGUUACUGUUGAAUGGAGCUGGGAGCGUAAACUGGUUCUAC